AUGACGAACAUGGACAAGCAAGAACCCAUCGCCAUCGUCGGUGCUGCAUGCAGACUGGCAGGAGAAGUGUCGUCAUUGGGGUCGCUCUGGGACAUGAUCAGUCGAGUCAAGACUGGACAUGGAAAGAUUCCACAAGACAGGUGGGACGCAGAUGUCUACCAUCACCCAGAUCCUGAUAGGAAAGGCGGAAUUGCGGUCAAGGACGGCUACUUCCUCAAGCAGGAUGUUAGCAAGUUUGACGCGCCCUUCUUCUCAACUACCUCCAAGGAGGCCGCAGCCAUGGAUCCCAUGAAGCGGUUGCUCCUUGAGGUUGCAUAUGAGAGUAUUGAGAAUGCUGGUGUUCCUGUCGAGAGCUUGAUAAACUCUCAGACGGGCUGCUACGUCGGAUGCAUGACCAACGACUACGAAAUGAUGUCGCUUCAUGACAUCUACGACGUUGGGCACACAGCAGCCGCCGCCACCAGCGAGGCCAUGAUCGCUAACCGUGUUUCUUGGUUCUUUGGCCUCCAGGGACCCAGUCUGACUCUCGACACUGCGUGUUCGUCGAGUCUGUACGCCCUGCAUCUUGCAUGCCAGUCGCUCAAGCUUGGCGAAACCAACAUGUCACUCGUGGCGGGUGUCAACCUGAUCAUCAACCCCAACACCAUGCACCAGCUCUCAGCCAUGCAUAUGCUGAGUCCGGAGGGCAUCUCUCACACCUUCGACGAUAGGGCAAACGGCUACGGUCGAGGUGAAGGCAUCGGAUGCCUCGUCGUCAAGCGGCUAUCCGAUGCGCUCCGCGAUGGCGACACGAUCCGCGCCGUCAUCCGCGCCACUGGUAUCAACGCCGAUGGCAAGACUCCAAGUGUCACACAGCCCAGUUCAGCCGCUCAGGCUGAUCUGAUCAGGCGGACGUACGAGGCUGCGGGCUUGAGCAUGGAUUCCACGCAAUACUUUGAAGCCCACGGAACCGGAACUCCUGUCGGUGACCCAAUUGAAUUGAGUGCCAUCUCGUCGACUCUUGGAGAGAGCCGCAGAGCCGCAGGCCUCGGACCACUCUAUAUCGGCAGUGUCAAGCCCACUGUCGGACAUACUGAGGGCUGUUCUGGACUGGCUGGUGUCUUCAAAGCAGUGCUUUGCUUGGAAAAGGGCAUGCUCGUCCCCACCUAUGGUGUGGAGCGUGUCAACCCCCGGCUCAAGCUGGAAGAGUGGAACCUCGCGCUCCCACAACAGAUUAUGGAGUUCCCAGGCCAGGGCCAACGCCGUGUCAGCGUCAACUCUUUCGGUUUUGGCGGUGCCAACGCCCACGUGAUUCUCGACGACGCCCACCACUACUUGGCUCAGCGGGGGCUUGUGGGUAACCACAGCACCGUCGUACUUCCUGAUGACGACUCGGCUGUCAGUGUCGGCUCUGGUACGCCGCCACAUGACAAGGACGCCAAAAAGCUCUUCGUCUUCAGUACCAAGGAUCAGGCCGGAAUCAAGCGCAUCAGCGCACAGUAUGCGGACUGGUUGGGAGAGGAGUCGACAUUUGCAAAGGAAGACGCAACAUUCCUCCAAAAUCUGUCCUAUACGCUGGUUUCGCGGCGCACGCCCCUGGACUUCCGCAGUUACACUGUGGCCUCGACAGUGACGGAACUGCAAGAACAGCUUACAAAAGGAUUGCCCAAGUUGGCUCGCUCUUCGCGCCAGGACAGCAACCUUGUCUUCGUCUUCACUGGUCAAGGUGCCCAGUGGCCUGGUAUGGGAAGACAGCUCUAUGGCAACUCUAUCUUCAGAGAAAGCAUGGAAUUGUCCGACCGCUACCUCAAGGACCUUGGCUGCAAGUGGAAUGCUCUUGAUGAGCUGGAGAAGACGGAAGGAUCGCAGAUCAGCUUGCCGGAAUACAGCCAAACUCUGUGCACAGUGCUCCAGGUGGCAGUUAUCGACCUGCUGCGCCACUGGGGCGUUGAGCCAAAGGCAACAGUGGGACACUCCAGUGGUGAAAUCGCUGCUGCUUACGCUGCCGGCAUGAUCACACACGCGGACGCCAUCAAGAUUGCUUACGUUCGCGGUCUCAGCUCUGCCGCCGUCACUAAAGAAGGUGCUAUGCUUGCAGCAGGUCUCUCAGAACAAGAAGCUGCUGAGUAUCUGAAGGAGGUGGCCACGGGAUCAGCUGUUGUGGCCUGUGUCAACAGCCCAUCCAGUGUGACACUCUCGGGCGACGUCGAUGCCAUCAACAAGCUCGAGGGCCUCAUCUCUGGCGCCGGCAAGUUUGCACGAAAGCUGAAGGUCAAGACUGCGUACCACUCGCCACACAUGCGUGAGGUAUCUCAAGGCUACUUCGAGCGCAUCGGAACGCUGACGCCUCCUAAGAGAGACGGCAACAAGACGCUCAUGUUCUCGUCCCUCAAGGGCCGGCUCGUCGAAUCGCCCGCCGAGCUCGACGCACAAUACUGGGUGGCCAAUAUGGAAUCGUCUGUGCAAUUUUCAGCGGCAGUCUCGGCUCUCCUUGCUCACCGCGACGAUCCAGCCAAGAAGGCUGCGGUACGGUGGAAUGGCUUUGUUGAGGUCGGUCCCCACUCUGCGCUCCAGGGCCCCGUCCAGCAGAUCAUUGCAGUCAACACGAAUAAGUCUGCCAAGGAGGCACCGUACCUGGCGGCCAUCUUGAGGAACAAGGAUGCUGUGGAGACAUCUCUGAGUGCUGCAGGUCAACUCUGGGCCGCGGGCCACUCGGUGGACCUCGAGGCUGUCAACGGUGUCUCCGCCAACAGCUCAAAGCCAUUGACCCACCUACCGCCAUACCCAUGGAACCAUGCAAACAGCUACUGGCAUGAAUCGUACAUGAUGCGCUCAAACCGCUUCCCCCCUGCGCCCCGCACGGAUUUGUUGGGCAUAGCUGAAGACAUGCAAAACAAGGCGGAGCCGCGCUGGCGCAACCACCUGCGCAUCGCGGAAAACCCGUGGAUCGAGGACCACAAGAUCACUGGUACCAUCUUGUAUCCGGGAGCCGGUAUGCUAGUCAUGGCCAUUGAGGGCGCUCUACAGAUGGCCAGUGAUGCUACCCCUGUCCGUGGUUUCCGAUUCCGCGAAGUUAGCUUCGAACGUGGACUGGUUGUGACGUCGGGGGAUGAAGCCGCAGUGGAGACUCGUCUCAGCCUCCUGCCGCACGCAUCCGUUCCGGGCCAAUUCCACUUCACCAUCUACUCAGCGACCAGUGCUACUUCUUGGACAAAGCACUGCCAUGGCACUAUUGCCCUCCAGUUUGAGAUGUCGGGCGUGAGCGAAAUUGAAGAUGAUUCGGCCGAGGAAAAGGACUGGGUGCGCCACACUGCGCUCUUCAAGCAAUUCCAAGAGCAGGGCGAAGCAGUCGAUUACGUUGUGCUGCCGGACACGGCCUCCAGCAUGCCGGCUGGCUUCGAAUUCCCACAUGCCAUGCACCCAGCCACUAUGGACUCCAUCUUCCACAUGUUGCUGGCCGCUCUUAACGAAGGCCGCCCCAUCACUGAGGCUGCGGUGCCGUAUAGCAUUGAUGAGAUGUUUGUUGCUGCCGAUCAGCCCCAUGGCGCUGGCUCUAUCUUCAAGGGCUACGGAAAGCUCGUUCGCACUGGCGACAACGGCCACGAACUGGUUGGUGACCUUAUUGUGUCAGAUGAGGCCUUUUCCGGUCCCAAGUUGACAGUCAAGAACUUUGCCUUGCGCCAGGUCACGUCGUCUCAAGCCAGUGUUGCACAGCAGCAGAUCAAGAACUGCGCUCAGGUCAAGUGGAAGGAGGACAUUGACUUUAUCCAGAGCGAGUCUGGCCUUCAGAAGCUUGCAGGCGCAAGCAAUGACAGCACCAGCCUGCUUGCUACAUGGAUGGACUGCCUGACCCACAAGAAGGCAGUAGGCGAUGUGCUCGUGUUCUUCGAUCGCGAGCUUUCACCCAACGCCACUCGCGCCUUGAACGACCUCUAUGCACGCAUCGGUAAGCAGCCUGGAGUCGAGAAGGUGUCCAUCGCUGCUCCUUCUGCUGCUUUGCUGGAUAGUGUGCGCCAUCUUGCUGAUGCUACUGCUCACCAGUGGGAUGCUAUCCGCGAUGAGGAAAUCCCCUCCGCUUUUUCGACAUUUGAUGCAGUUGUUGCUCUUGAUAUCCAGUCUGCAUCUUCGGGGCUGUUUGAGAAGCUGAGCAAAGCCCUAUCCUCGCAAGGCCAUCUCAUCAUCCACCAGAAGGAGCACGCAGACAUUGUGUCAGCUUUGGAGGAUGCAGGCUUUGAAAGCCACAUUACAGCGCCUGGCCUUGCCAUCGCUCCCAUGGCUUCUUCGCCAGCGGCCGCAAUGCCUCAAGAUGUCUACCUACUGACACCAUCGAAGCCGAGCGACGAGAUUGUCACCUUUGCAUCUACCUUGGCCGCAUCUUUGGCCAGCCUCGGUAUCACUACCCACGAGGUUCAGCUUUCGGCUGCAGCUGAGUUGGCAGGCAAGCAUGUCAUUUCCCUGCUUGAAUCUGUCACGCCAGUCAUCUACUCAUGGACAGCUUCAGAGUUUGACUCCUUCAAGACGCUCAUCUCUGUUGCUGCUCAUGUCUUCUGGCUGACCCGUGGUGAUGUCCUUGGAGCCUGGACUGCCGAUGGCACUGGCGCUUCGUUCGCCCCGGCUCAGGGCUUGCUCCGUGUGCUUCGCAACGAGUACCCGCUCGUCACAUUGCCACACCUUGACGUGUCGCCGGCGCUCAAACUUGUCAACACCCACCGACUUCUCCUCGAUGUGUGGAAGCGCUCUUUGGUCCCAGAGGCCGAGAUGGAGUAUGCUGUCAAUGAAAAUGGCAUUGUUCACGUCCCGCGAGCCAUCGGUGAUGAUGCUUUCGACACUGAACUCGAGCGCGGUGAGGCUGAGGCAGGUGCUCGCCAGAUGAAGCCGGUCAAGAGCAUCCUCAGCAAAAUCAACAUUCCGAUGGUGCCUAAUGAGACGGUCAAUGGCAACGAUCUCCUGUGGGUGGAAGACUCGGUUGCCAAGGAGACGCUUGGCUCUCAUGAGGUCGAGGUCAAGGUUGAAGCUGUCAACCUCGGAGCACCCGCCGAAGAUCAGCACCCGACAGCCUUGGGACGCGAGGCCGUUGGUACCGUUGUUCGUUGUGGUGCACAGGUCAAGUCUGUUACUUUGGGCCAGCGAGUGGCAGUUCUCUGUGCUCAGGGCGCGCUGAAGACCAAUGUCCGUCAAGAUGAGGGUCUUGUUGCCCAGGUGCCAGCAGGUAUCAGCGCCGAAGAAGCGGCUACUCUGGCUGGUGUCUCCAUUGCCGUCCAGUAUGCACUGCUGGAGAUGGCUAAGAUCCAGAAGGGACAGUCGGUACUUGUGCACUCUGCCGGCAGCGCCCAUGGCCAGGCAGCCAUCCAGGUAGCCCAGUUCGUCGGAGCCGAUGUAUUCGCCCUGGUAUCUACCAAGGCCGAGAAAGAGCUGCUCAUCAAGCGUUACGGAGUUCCUUCAGGCCGCAUCUACGAUUCGGCUCUGCAGACGUUUGUCACUGCUAUCAACCAGGCCACUGACGGACAGGGCGUCAACGUUAUCCUCAGCAGUCAGUCGAGCCCAGCUGUGCUGCCAUCAGCACACGUCCUUGCCGACUUUGGUCACUUCAUUGGAUUCGGACAAAGCAGCACAGGCGUCAAGCUCCCUGCCCGCCAGAGCAAUGCCGUCGUUGCCAGCGUCAACAUCAGCCAGCUGUACUCUGCCAAGUCCGAUAUUGUGGCCCGUCUGUUCCGCCGCACUUUCGACUUGCUCGCCCAGUCUGGAAACCUCAAGGCUACCGUACCAAGCCUGGCCUUCAGCGUUUCUGAUAUCCCGCAGGUCUUGGCUGCUGUCCACGAGGACCCAGUCACGCCCAUUGCCGUAUCGCUCACCGAAGCAAACGCCUCAAUCCUGACGCUGCCGCCUGCGCCACCAAAGCUUGCUUUGGAUUCAGAGGGCACCUACGUCUUGGCUGGAGGUCUGGGAGCACUGGGUCUGGAUAUCGCCCGCAUGAUGGCAACGCACGGCGCCGGCCAUCUCGUCUUCCUUUCGCGCUCGGGCGGAAGCAGCAAGCAUCAGCCCGCCCUCGAGUCACUGCGUGCCCUGGGAACGCGUGCCGAUGCAUACAGCUGCGAUGUCAGCGACGCAAGCAGUGUAGCAGCUGUCUUUAGCAAGCUACAACAGGGAGGUUGCAAGAUCCGCGGUGUGCUUCAAGCGGCCAUGGUGCUCGAGGAUGCCAUCUUCGACAACAUGACGCAUGGGCAAUGGCAACGCGCCUUCGCGCCCAAGACGCGUGGCUCGCGAAACCUGUUGGAACAGCUGGUGUCGAACCGUCCCAACGACGAGAGCAAGCCUUUCUUCAUCCUGCUCUCUUCCAUCACUGGUGUCAUCGGAAACACAGCCCAGGCCAACUACGCUUCCGGUAACACUUUCGAGGACGCUCUCGCUCAGCACGCCUUGACCCACCGUAACAUUGCUGCUACCAGUAUCGACGUCGGUCUCGUCGCUGAUUCGUCCCACUUCACUUCCGAUGGCGAAUUCGGUGAUCUCGACAACUACCUGCACCGCUACAGCCACGGCUGGAAGGGUCUCCGCACCAGCCUGGAAGAGCUCCGCAUCGUGCUUGCUGCUCUGAUGAGGCGUACCCAGGACUCGGAGCCCGCGCCCGCACAGCUGGUGCUCGGUCUGGGUGAUGAGCUCGUCAGACGCCCUGGCACCCUGGGCUACAUGCACGACAAGAAGUUCGAGCUGCGAGUCGCCAAGGCCGAGCACAACGCUGCAGAUGGCGCUGCAGGCGGCGACACCCAGAGUCUGGCAGAGCUGCUUGCAAAGGCAACCUCGCUCGAAGAGGCGGCGGCCGCAGUCGAGGCGGACCUUAAAGCGCAAGUCGCAGCUGCCAUUGGUGUAGCCGUUGACGAAGUCGACGGAUCAAGGCCAUUGUUUGACUUUGGAGUUGACUCCUUGAAGGCAGUUGAGAUCCGCAACCGAUCGCUGCGAGAGCUGCAGAGCGACAUCUCCGUCUUCGAGUUGCUGAGCGCCACUCCACUGGCUGAUUUGUCGGUCAAGAUUGCUUCCAAGACUGCGCUUGUAAAGAUUGAGGGCUCGGCCUAG